AUGGCGGAUGAAGCAAAUACGAGCCAUGUAGAGGGGAUCUGGCAUCAUGAUCCACUUCAGGCCCUGAAUACAUCGGGCACGUUUGUUCAGUUGUGCCAGCAGCCUUACAUGGACCAUACUGGGAUGCCUGAGGCAUCAUCACCGCCGCAGGAUAAUAUGAACCGUCUGAAUGGACAGGAUCCAACGUUCAUGAUGCGUUCAGUCAUGUCUCCCGCCAAGUUUCACCAUUGUUCCGUCGACGACGCUUCGACGGCCGAAGUCUCACACACACGUUCGGCGUUUGGCUGGUUUGGCGGUCCUCCCGCACAAAGAAUGGCACAAACGAGCGGUCCAUUCGUGCCGCAUCUCCGACCUAUGUCCGUGGGCAGCGGUAUCAAGGAACUCCACUCGCAGGUCAACACGAAAACAGAUGCCGCAUCAAGUGUUUGCGUUCCGCCACAUGCACAUCGCCGGCACAUGAGUGCUGAUAACCGGUCCGAUCCUUUGAUCAAGGGCAAAACUCGACCGCGUCGCGCAUUCACACCUGAAGAGGAUGAGGCGCUGAAGCGCGGAUUUGACAAGUAUGGCUCGCAAUGGGCGCUAAUUGCUCGAGAUCCGGCUUUCCGGAACCAGCGCAGCUCCACGGAUGUGCGUGAUCGGUUCCGCAACGCUUUUCCUGAGGAGUAUGCGUGCGCUGGAUACAAACCGCGCGUGAAGCAGUCGAAACGUGUUAAUAGAGCGAAGGACGGGAUCCAUGCCUCGUCCUCGACGUCGCAGCGCGCUGCACGACACUCGCGAAGUGACUUGACUCAACAACGCCGCAAAUCUGCUCGCUCGGAUGAGCCAGGGCAUUUGCAUACCACCAUACCCUCCCCACUUGGUACGGAUAUAACAUGCUCUUCGCUGGAUGGACCCUCGUCUGCUACAUCGAACAACUCGUCGUUGACGGACAAGGACCCACUGUUGAUCCGGGCAGAAUCGCUUCAGCAGUCGUCACAACUGUCGCAGCCAUCACCAUUGCAACUCGAUGCUGUUGUAUCGACAUCUCCGUCAUCUAUGUCGGCGUCGCCGUCGUUUUCCAUGUCACCCCCAUCGUUCUUACCACAUGUGGGACCGACAUCACCUCUGCAAGAGGCGCUUGUCGGCUUGCCAACGACCCAGGCCAUAUCUCCAAUACCUGCCAUGAUACCUAUAACGCUGCCACCACCACUUCCCACAGCGACAGGUGUCUCACAUGUGACUGCUGCUACGCCAUCCAUAUCUCAAGCCUCGAUAACUGGGCCAGGUUCGGGACUGAGUUUGAGUCCACAAGUAGAUCAUGGGUCUGGUCAUGCAGCAGGUUCCAUCGCGACAAACGUGCCAAGGUCAGUGCAGGCACCGGCCUUCAAUGGAAUUGCAGUGCCGUCUUCGUCAACCCCAUCUAUCUCUACCACCCCAUUUCCAACGAUUUCCUCCUCCUUUGACCACUGCCUCAUGCCUCGAACUCCGGCCAUAGCGCCUUUUGAUGAAAAGCAAGAUCCGAUGUACUCGACAUCUAUGGCAUCAUUGGUGCCUGGUAUGUCGAUGUCGCACUCGCCCAUGUCAUUUCAUUCGUCUGAAUCGGUUGUGGCGGCAUCCAGUCCAUCGUCGACAUUUAUUCCUGCGUUGUCGAAUGCUGGGUCUGGCACCAGUAUUGGCACGCACUUAGGCGGCUCCGCAGCUGGCUCGCAUUAUUCGGCUGACGUGGAUGCGGCUCUUAUGUCCAUCGUGCCAGCUGGCCCGCCUGGCCGGUCACAUACGUUAGAGCCUUUCUCAACGCACGAUACACCGACUCAUUAG